CAAUGUAUUCAUCAGCACCGCUGCAAAAUCUUUCCAUGAUCAGUAAUAUCGCGACAUUCACUUACACUCUUACACUGAGACGCGCCCGGCUGCCCGUUUUUCCAAGCGCGCCUCUGUUCAUGGUUGCAUAGCAACGUCGGCCACGCGAGUGAUUGUGGAAAGGAGAAAGCGCGGUACGAACUGCAAAGUCACUGAUCUGCAGCUAGCUGCCGCUUAUUAGCUGUUAUGUGGCGACAUUUACCAGGAGUGAGCAAACCUUUAAAACGAAAACCCACAGACGAAAAGGGGGACGAAUUACAUAAAAAAAGAAAGUUUUGUGAGAAAUGGAGGUUUGGAGAGAACGGAGUUUCAAGAGGCUGGCUACAAUAUGAUUCUGACGCGGUCGUGAUGAGUUGUUCUGUGUGUCGCCAGUAUGCUAAAGAUAAAAACAGAAACAACUCAUUUGUCAUCGGAAAUAAAACGAUGAAACUUGAGAACAUUCGUGACCAUGAACACAGUAAGUGUCACAUUGCCUGCGUGUCUGUGUCUCUGGCUCAAUCUGAGCCUCUACUCUCGAAAACUUCUGUGACAGCGCUAAUGGCAAUGUUAGAGCAGACCAGCAAGAAGAUGAAGCUACUGUUUAGGACUGUACAUGCCAUUGGCAAGAAGGCCAGGCCACUUUCUGACUUCGAGUGGAUGUGCGAUUUGGAUGAACAAAAAGUACUUUCUGUGGGGUCAACAUACAGAAAUGAGAAGCAGGCCAAAGAGUUUAUGCAUUAUAUUGCAGAGGUGGAGAGAAACAACAUCAGAGGAAAUCUAAAAAACACAAAAUUUCUCUCCAUCAUGUCUGAUGGCUCCACAGACAGCCCUGUGAAAGAGGAGGAGUUAGUGUAUGUCAGAUUCUGUCACAAGGGCAAGAUCGAGUCUAAGUUUGUUGGAAUUAAUGCAGUGGAGAAGGCAGAUGCCGCACAUAUAAGUAAAGCCAUCAGUGACAUCAUGGAGGGAGUGUGUGAUGAGUGGGAGAGCAAGUUGGUCGCUCUGGGAACUGAUGGAGCUGCUGUUAUGACUGGAGCCAAGAGUGGUGUGGUCAGCCGGCUGAAGGGGGACAGGGCCUACAUCAUCGGUAUCCACUGUAUGGCACACCGCCUUGAACUGGCCUUUUCUGAUGCCAUCUGUUCCAACGUGAUGUUUCAGAAAAUAGAAGACCUCCUCAGUGGGCUCUACACAUUCUACCACACCAGUUCGCUGAACAGGGCAAACCUCGUAAACAGCUUCCAGGCUCUUGGGCACACACCACUGGUGCCCACCAGAAUUAGUGGGACUCGAUGGGUAGGACACCUAUUGCGUGCCCUUGAUCACUUUCUGCGAGGUUACCAGGGGCUUGUCCAGCACCUGGAACAGAUUCAAUCUGCUGAUGCCCAAAAUGUCAGAGUUGUCCAGCAAGCCAAGGCCAGGAAAUACUACAGUACUGUGAGGGAGGCUGUUGUUGUCCGCUUCUGUGGCUUCCUGCAUGACACACUAACCCACCUGAGCAACCUGUCUGCCUGUCUGCAGAGGUCCACAAUCACCAUAGCAGAAGCCCACAGCUCAUUGUGCUCAACACAGGCCGUACUUAAGAAGUACAAAUCCAAAAAAGGGCCCAUGAUGAAUGCCACAAUGGGCAACAGCUAUGAGGGAAUUUCACUGACCAGAGGUGACAUAAAGACCCACGUCGUCUCACAGGACAAAAUGCUUGACAGUUUAGUGAAGAGUAUGACUGACAGGUUCCAGGAUGCCAGUGUAGGGGUCCUGUGUGCAACCAAGCUGGUCAGCUUCACCAACUGGCCAGAGUCAGGAGAUGCAGUAGCAGAUUUUGGUGACUCUGAACUGGAAACCUUGGUGGACCACUUCAAGCCCGUCCUUGAGGCCUCUGGCAUUCAUGUUGAAAGAAUCCCUGACCAGUGGACAGUCCUGAAGGUGCUGAUAUACCAAGAGCCUCAGUCCCUGGAGAAGAUAUCUUGGUUCCAUGUCAACAGGAUCCAUCAGCAUUCCUGCCCUGAUUUGCUGGCAUUGGUUGACCUUGUCCUGUCCUUCCCUGCCUCCACAGCAGAAUGUGAAAGAGGUUUUAGUACCAUGAAACAGGUGAAAACCGAUUGGCGCUCUAACCUGAAGUCUGAUACAUUGUCAGAUCUCCUUAUGGUCCAGCUGUCCUCUCCAGAGAUCAGGGAGUAUGAUCCAAGCAAAGCUGUGAUGCUGUGGCACCAAAACUCUGUUAGGA